AUGGCUCAGGUCGAAGCUCAACCUCUCUCCUCCUCCCCCUCGCGGGCAGACUGCUGGACAUGCCGAAACUGGCGCAUCUCCUUCCUGGAUGCUCCUCCCAAGGUCCUGCACGUGGGGGUAGCACGGCAGAUCUCGCUUCAGCUCGUGACGGACUUCGGAGAGAGCGUCGUGAACGAGCUCGAAGGUCAGGGCGAGAGCAGGAGAGCUCGUGCCCGGAGAGAGCUGGAGCAGUACGUUCUCAGUGUCAUGGUGGAAGCGAACGGCCUCCGAAGGCCUCAGGUCAAGACGAGCCACAUGCAGGUCCAGUUGCUGGCAGACCGAGACGACAAGGAACAGAUGCACGACCCUCACUUCGACGGAGGAGGAUGCUUCAGGGGCUGGGUGCGGCUUCAGGUAACCGGAAGCGCCCGGGUGAGGCCGCGGGAGGGGUACAGGCUCCUGUUCACCGUGACCGACGUGCGAGCCGGGGAGGGAGGGGAGGAGGAGGCCGGGGGCACGCAGAACCCUGGAGGAGGGCUGAUCAUGGAGCUGGUGUCGCCUUGCAUCGUCUUCGACUUCGGGGGGGAGGGGGGAGCGGGGCACCCGCAAGGAGCAAGCGCGCUGAGCAGGAGAGAGAUCGUGCUACACAGGGGAGGAGGGAUGGAGGCUGCAGGGGGGCAGGCAGGCAGCUCAGUCUGCUCGCUCAGGGUGAUGUGCUAUGAGGACCCAAAGAGCACGGGGACUGGAGGUAGCCUGUGGGACGUGGCUAUGGUGAUGGCAGAGUCUCUCGUAGACAUACACUCGUGCUCCAGCCUCCGGGGCAGGAGGGUGCUCGAGCUUGGGGCGGGGACGGGAGUGCCGUCGGUGGUCGCCUGCUUGCUAGGGGCGGAGGUCACAGCGACCGACGUCUCUCGUGAGGCCCUGCGGCUGGCCAAGAUGAACUUGAGCGAGAACGCGAGCAGAGGCUGCCGGUGGUGCUUGAGGACGCUGCGGUGGGGGGAUACCAUGUCAGAGGUGUUUGAGGAAUCAGGAGGAGCAGGAGCAGGAGCAGGAGCAGGAGCAGGAGCAGGAGCAGGAGCAGGAGCAGGAGCAGGAGUGCGCUUGCCCGGCAAUUAUGAGGAAUAUGAUUUCAUUAUAGCGAGCGAGUGCGUUUACAGCGAGAAGAGCAUCGGACCCUUGACAAGGACUCUCGACACCCUUGCCAACGGCUCGUGCCAAGUCUUGCUGGGGUUCCGAGAGCGGGACCGCAAGGUCGAGGACUGUUUGGUAGAGAUCCUCCUGCAGUCUUUCGACAUAUCGGAGCUUGCAAGAGAGCGGCUCGUCAGGACGGCAGCGGACAGAGACGUCGCGCUCUCCCCUUACGCGCGCUACCUGCUCUCACUUGCGUGA